UCCAGAAAGCAACCAAGCGCAUCUACAACCGGCGCUCUCAACAGAACAAAGUAAUCCCUCAAAAUGACGCUUACCUUUUUCCCCGGCUCAUCGUCCACCGACAUUAAUCCCAACGACCCCUCCUCCCCCGACCUCGCCGUCUUGAGUUUAUCCCGAUUGCUCACAAGGCUGGAAUACAAUUUGCUUUCCCCAUCUGCCGAUUUGAAACAGUUACGACGAUCUGAGUAUCAGCGCAUGAGAGUCGGUGGGAACAUCGAAUAUGCGCGCUCUCUCCUCUUGGGUCUUGAGCGUAAUCUAGCGCGAAUCAAGCCGGCUGAUCGUCGCCAUGAGAUCCAGACCGAAUUGGCCAAGAAGAGACAGGAUCUUAACGUGCUCCGGAGAAGGCUGGAUGAUAUCGCUGCCGACGCCGAGUUGAAACGGAGAUUAACGGCUGCGAAGAGAGAGUCUGCUCGCGACAUCAGUUCCGUGGAGGCGGCAGAGGUAGAGGACGAGUCUUCUGAGGAGGAAGAUGAGGAAGACCUCCUUGGGACUCCGGAGGAAUCGGAGAGCCCUUCAGAUGCCGGUGUGGACGUCUCUACCGAGAAGAUGGGAAACGAUAUUGAACAGGAGGUGAAGCGUGAAUUGCCAGAUGAAGAGGGAGACAAAGUUGAACCAACCCAGACGACUGUUCCUACUACUACAAAUAUACCCAUUCCUACGCCUACACCUACGACAACGACAACCUCAAUACUCCGAAACCGCCAUCAUCCUACUCCAUUGACCGCUGUCGACACGAAAUAUAUCCCAACACCAGCUGUAGAAUCGGCGACAGGAAAAGUCCAAGGCACAGAACAGGCUCUCGCAACCCACCGUCUCGAACAAGAAUCCCUCACCGACUCCCUUCUGACUCUGGCCGCUCAGCUUAAAACAUCCACACAAACCUUCCACUCCACCCUUGAAAGCGAGAAAUCCAUCCUUGACCGAGCUGUGGAUGGGCUCGACCGUACGACGUCUUCAAUGGCCUCCGCCGAGCGUAGAAUGGGCAUGCUUCGACGCAUGACAGAAGGAAAGGGGUGGUGGGGGAGAAUGAUGCUUUAUGCAUGGAUCUUCGGGUUGUGGCUUGUUGCCUUGGGUAUUGUUUUUCUAGGGCCGAAGAUUAGGUAGUGCUACUUCGCAUGAUGAAGCCAUCAUCCUGGACACAUACAACAUUAGGGGGUUGCAACUACGCAGAGCAAAUUCAGGGUAAUACUGACUAAUAUUAAUUGAUCAAGAUCUAAGAGAAUAUGAAUGAGUUAUCUAGAUCAAUAGGUCUUAAAGUGCUUAUCUUCUCAGUGAAGUAUACGGAGUAUAUUCGCAGAUAUAUAUAACCACGAGAUAUA